AUGAGGAACCUGGUGCUUUCCUCGGUCUCUGACAUCCGGAUACGGAAUCAGGGUGCUGUAACCGCGACGUGUGUAGACCUUGACGAAGAUGUACUUUAUGCGACGACGGAGACGGUUACCCCAGACGGGGAAGUACAGGUCGAGGUGGUCCGCGUCGGCGAUGCAGAUACACACUCCUCCGUAACGAUGUUCACCGCGACUGCAGCGGCUUCGGGCCCUCAGGUCGUCUCACUGCACGUCCUGCCCGACUCCCAUUCGAUCGUGGCCAUAAUGCGCAAUGGGGACAUUACAAACAUACCACUUGACGAAGAGGCGCCUAUGGCCGAAGUCGAAGGCACGGUCGAACCUGGAAUAUGCGCUGCGUCCUGGAACCCCGACGAAACCCUUGUCGCGCUCAUCACUGACGAAGACAAGCUUAUCCUGAUGACCUCUACUUUCGACGUGAUUUCCGAGGGCAAGAUCCAAACCGAAGACUUCGGUGAGGACGCACCCAUAAACGUCGGCUGGGGCUCCAAGCAGACCCAAUUCCACGGCUCCCUCGGCAAAUCCGCCGCCCAAGCCGGCCCCGCCACCGUCGUCUCAACCAGCACGGACGAUGAUCUUCGUCCACGGAUAAGUUGGCGCGGUGACGGAUCACUCUUCGCUAUCUCGUCUCUCUCUAUCACACAGUCCCCACCCGACUCCCCUCCCAUCCGCCGCCGCACUCUCCGCGUCUACAACCGCCAAGGCGCCCUCCAAUCUACCUCCGAAGCCGUACCCGGACUUGAGCAUCCCCUCUCCUGGAGGCCUUCGGGCAAUCUCAUCGCCAGCACUCAGCGCUUCGGCUUUGAGGGCGGUGGCGCGGGCAGACCCGAGCGACAUGAUAUAGUGUUUUUUGAGCGCAAUGGAUUGCGACACGGAGAGUUUGGGCUUACACUUGGUGGUCCGCCGGAUUCGCGGGUGGGACAGGGGCCUCCGAAGGACACCGGCGAGCGGCGAUGGGGACAUAAGGUUCGGGAGCUUUGCUGGAGCCCAGAUUCUAAUGUGCUAGCGGUGUGGAUUGAGCGAGAUGAGUACGACUCAGUACAGCUCUGGACGACUGGAAACUACCACUGGUACCUCAAGCAAGAGAUACAGACGCCGAAGGACGUUCGCCUGACGUCCGUCCAAUGGCAUCCCGAAAGCCCUCUCAACCUGGUCCUGACCACUCCGAACCUCAUCAUGCGCCGCGUGUACGCUUGGGACACCUUCACAAGUUUGACAGGUCCUCCGGACGACACGGGCACAGUUGCGGUUAUCGAUGGCUCCCAACUCCUCCUCACCCCCUUCCGCAUCCAAAACGUUCCUCCGCCCAUGUCCUCGCACAAGCUCGCCCUGCAACCCGCCCUCGGCCCACCGGUUCAUGUCGCAUUCGGCCAUAUUGGCGACGUCAUGGGUGUUCUGUACGCGAGUGGCCUCGUUGAAUUGUGGGAUUUGCACACGCGUACGACCGUUGGUCGGGGAAAGCCUAUGGCGCCCGAGAAGAUCGCGUCUGGUGAGCUCAGUGGUGGCCGUGACUGGAGGCAGAUUGUUGUUGUGCAGGGUGGGGCGCCGACGACGGUUUACUGUUUGGGUACGGUAGACGAUGGGAGGGAUAUCACCAUCACCACGGACUUGAAGGCGGAGACACGCAGCGCUGUCGCACCUGGGCGACACGGACGACUUCUGUCGUCGGGCAGUGCGGCGACAUGGCAAGCAGCGGAUGGCAAGCUAUACGAUGUCCCAAAGACCGGCGACACCUUCACACCCAUCGGCUCCUUCCCCGAGUUCUGUUUCGUUGCUUCCAGGUCGCAAGACCCAUCCAUUCACAUUGGCCUCGCUCGUUCAGGAAAGCUUUAUGCGAGCAACUCAGAGUCCCCAGGCCCUCAGACCGUUGCCACAAACGCCACCUCUUUUGCCGUUGCCUCCGGCUUUCUCGUCUUCACCACUACCGCGCAUGAGGCUGUUUUUGCGCCGUUGGCCGAUCUAGUCACCGACGCCACGUCUGAUGACCUGACGAAAAAGUCGACCGAAUGGGAGAAGCGGCGCGUCGAGCGUGGCUCACGGAUUGUCGUUGCGGUUCCGAGUGCGAUGAACUUGGUGCUGCAGAUGCCGAGGGGGAAUCUGGAGACAAUCUCGCCGAGACCAUUUGUUAUGGCUGUGGUGAGGCAGGAUCUGGAUAGAGGUGAAUAUCGCAAGGCGUUCUUCUCCUGUCGGCGGAACCGUAUCGACCUCAACGUUCUCGUCACGCACAAUUUCGAGCGGUUCCUCAACGACGUGCCGGCCUUUUUGGACCAGAUCCCCGAGGUCGAUCACAUCAACUUGUUCUUGACCGCCAUCGGACGAGGCUCGCUCGAUAAGGAUGUCGUGACGCGUAUCUGCGACGCCGUCCGGGUAGAGCUGGAGAAGCGGGGUCUGGCACGCUACGUGAAUAGUAUCCUUACUGCGCACAUUAUGCGCUCGCCGCCGGAUCACGAGGCUGCGUUGGGGCUUCUGCUUCGCCUGAAGGAGUCCGACCCCGCCCUCGUCGAGGACGCUGUGAAGUACAUCAUCUUCCUCGUUGAUGCCGACAGCCUUUUCGACACGGCGCUCGGGAUGUACGAUUUUUCACUGGUCUUGGUGAUUGCUCAGCAUGCCCAGAAGGAUCCACGCGAAUAUCUGCCAUUCCUCCGCGAGCUCCGCGCGCUCGAUACAUACUACCAGCGCUUCCGCAUCGACGACCACCUACGUCGUUACUCAAGCGCACUCAAGAACCUCAGCUUGGCUGGGACGGAGCGCUUCGACGAGGCGAUAGCAUACGUAGAGCGGUACCAGCUCUACGACGAUGCUCUGCGGAUAUGGAAGGGGACGGACCGAUAUAACACGAUCCUCACUGUAUAUGGCGAUUGGUUGUUCGAGCGACGCGAGCUUCGCGAUGCAGCUGCAGCCUUCCUGGAGGCCGGUGGAGACGCGAAGGCUAUGCAAGCCAUGGAGAAGGCGCUUGACUGGGAGAACCUCUUCGACCUGGCCUUGCGCAACAAGCUUGAGGAUACGGUGCUGGUAGACAUGGCGUAUCGCGUGGCAGAGGGUCUGGUCGCGAAGAAGAAAUACGCCGAUGCGGGGCGCGUCCUCCUCGAUUAUGCCCACGACGUGCGCGAGGCGGUCAUCGCUCUCGUCCAAGGCAACUUGUUCUCGGCCGCUAGGCGCAUCAUCGCGCUCCACUCACGCCCCGAGCUUCUAGAGGACAUCGUCCAUCCGGGCGCCCUCGAGAGCCGCGCGCAGAUUGAAGAUGACAUUGGCGAGAUGCGCGAGCAGAUCCGCAAGCAGGUCAAUCGCGUGCGCGAGCUGCGCGUGAAGAAGGUGGAGGAGCCGGACGCAUUCUACGGCGAAGAGGCCAACCUGCACAACGUCGACGUCAUGACGGACGUGUCGAUGCCCGCGACGGCGUUCACCCGGUACACGGUCGCACCGUCGAUGAGCUCAAAGGCGUCAAAGAAGACCUCCCGCUCCCGACGCAAAGCCGAGCGCAAAGCAGGGCGCAAGGGCACGGUCGAGGAAGAAGAGUACCUCCUCACCUCGGUGGGCAAGCUGGUCGCGCGCUUCAAUGCUACGCUAGACGAAACCCGCGCCCUCCUCCCCCACCUCUACCAACUCUCCCCCGAGCACCGCGCCGAGGGCGCCGAGCUCCAGGCCGACGUCGCCGCAUUUGAAGUCGAGCUCAAGAGCGCGGUGGAGGAGAUCUGGACGAAGCCGGCGGAAGGGGAGGGGGUGGGGAUCGGGGUGGGGGUAGAGGAAAACUUUGGCCACUGGCAGGGGAACACGGAGUUUGGCCAGAGGAACACGGAGUUUGGCCAGGGGAACACGGAGCGCUCGGUGUUGGAACAAAUGCAGAUGCAUCAAAAGCCGAAUCCGGUCGACAAGGUCCCGAAGCCAGAGUUCUCGCGCGAGGAGUGGCGGUUGAAGUUGUAUGACUUACUGUAG